ACCUUUCUAUACGGAGUACAUUGCAUCCAUACAGACUAAUUCCACUCCAAUUCUCUUUAUCUUCAUCAUCCAUACCAUCUCGUACUUAAAAAACUAUUUUUAAACCUUGGGUUCCAUAUUUAAAUAACCUCAAGAGAGUCAAAAAAAGAAGAAGACAAAAUGGCCGCCGAACAAGACUACAAGGCCACGCUCCUCCCCCUCCUGAUCUCCAACAAGGUCCUAUCCUUCGGCAGCUACAUCCUCAAAUCCGGCCGUGAAUCGCCCUACUUCUUUACUUCCUCCCUCCUGCACACCGCUCCCCUCCUCCGGGCCACCGCCGCCGCCUACGCGAGCGUCCUCUCUACCCCGCCUUUCGUCACGACCGCCGCGGACGGCACCACAACCCCCAACUUUGACAUCGUCUUCGGUCCCGCGUACAAGGGUAUCGUCCUGUGCGCUGCGGCCGUGAACGAGCUAGCCGUGCGAGACUCGCUGUCCGCAUCCCCCAAGGGAACCUGGGAUAACGUGAGCUACUCGUUCAACCGCAAAGAGGCCAAGGACCACGGAGAGGGCGGUAACAUUGUCGGGGCGCCGCUGAAGGGCAAGCGUGUUGUCAUUGUGGAUGACGUGAUCACUGCUGGCACGGCUCUGCGCGAGGCUGUGAGCAUUAUCGAGAAGGAGGGCGGAAUUGUGUCUGGAGUUGUGGUGCUUUUGGAUCGCGAGGAGCGAGUCAGCGAGACGGAAACCAAGAGUGCUGUUGGCGUUGCGCAGAGAAGCUUGGGUGAGAAUAUCCCUAUCCGUGCGGUUCUUGGACUUCAUGAUUUGAUUGAGAAGCUGGGAGGGGAGAUUGGCGAGGUUGAGAUCCAGCGGUUGAAGGAGUACAGGGCGCGCUACGGGGCUGAAUAGAUACCUGGAUAACUGUCCAGAGG